GUUCGCUUCGAUGGCCAUGCGGUGUUUGUUUCUUGUAAUAACCCGAGGAUACGGAACGUUCGCUUCAACAAAGAUAGCCUAUUAGUAUUGGUCUUAUCACUUAUGGGAGAUACCAGGCAACUCGAGAGGUGGGACAGGGAGUAGGAGUUGCGAGAUGGGAAAUCGGCCGGUCAAAAGACCCAAGCACAUGCGCACAGAGAGAAAGACGGAAAGUGGAAGGGGAGCUAGGAAAAACAUGACGGAGGGGGGGCUGAAAUGGGCGCUGCCACGUUGGAGGGCCAAGUACUCCGUACUGGGGAAGCAGUGGCAAAUAUGCCGGUGUCAGGUUGUUGUUUUUUUAUUUUAUUUUAUCUUAUUCUUUUAUGUUUUUAUUUCAAAAAUCUACCAAAGUUACAAACCCCUGGCACUUCCCAACAACAACAACAACAACAACAACAACAUUCUGGCCUCCACGGGGCAUGGAUUUGGACACACGCUUGACCUCCUCCUCCCCCGCUCCAUUUCCCCCCACCCCCACGCACGAUCACCGCAACAGCCCCAUUCCGGUCCCCAUGACCGGCCCAUGUUUGCUUACUUGUUUGUCUGUCUGUCUGUCUGUAAUUCAGAGCAAGGGUCGAAAGGUCACGGGCUCCACUGGGCGCUAGACACCCUCAACAGAGAGAGUGAUGGAGGAAAGCCAACGACGGCUACGUAGUAUGGCUGGGACGCUACGAUGUGAACUUGGAAAAGUAAAAUAGACAGGGGGGGCGGGCAGGGGUAGAUUCGAGAAGGGCGCUACCCUUGUCCUGUGGAGCCUUUACAAUGCAGGCAACAAAAGAGAAACACAGAGAGACACACUCAGAGAGAGAGAGAGAGAGAGAGAGAGAGAGAGAGAGAGAGAGAGAGAGAGAGAGAGAUAGUGGCUAGCCCCCCUUUGUGCCAUGUAAACAAACCACUUCCGGCAGGCUUGGCCUAGGAAUCCCUAUCUCUCCUGUUGGAUGAGUGGAGGCG